AUGCCUUCUACUGAUGCCCUUCAACCACCUCUCCCUCCUGCGGAGCGCGCCAUUGUCAAAAGUUAUGGCGGGUGGACACAGUUCCUGCUUUCUUUUGGUCUCAAGCCUUGGGACGACGAAGAUGCAGAGGAGGGAAAGAGAAUUCUAGAGGCAUUUGCCGCCGAUUCUGCGGAAGAGGACUCGAACUAG